AUGUGGAAGAAGAGGACCGUGCCGUUUCACAGACAAGCCACGAUACAAGAACAGAAGUGGAAGAUUGGCGAUCAAUUUUCCCCGGUCACCCUCGAGCCGACGUUGCGUAAGACCAGCCGCGAUCUUCUCUUUGACCAGCAGACUUUCAAGGGAUGGUUUAGUUCCUGCCCAUCUCAGAUGCUAGAUGCACGGCGAUUCGAAAAUGACAGAACCCCAAACGAUCCAAGCGCUUGCGUGGAACGCCUUAGGAAAGACGCCCCGACGACUCGCGAGUCGCACUGCAACAUUGUCCGGGCUUCAAAGGAUCAAAGGGACCGACAGGACCACGCUAAACACCCUGCAGCUGAUACAAAGCAGCAUACGGCUGCUUUAGUGGUGGAUUUCUCGGUUGUUAAGUUUGAGCUGGACCCACGGGUCCUGUUGGUCGAGGAUGAAAUGCGAUGA